AUGCAUCUUCAUUGCCAUCAAGCUCAUGGGAUGCAGUGCAACUUCGUGGGAGAGAUCAAGCCUUUUGAGCAAAAGGGAUUCUGCCUCAUUGCUAUGAAAUUAAUUCAGGCUUCCGAAGACCUUCUCAAGGAGCACUAUAUUGACCUGAAGGACCGUCCAUUCUUUGCUAGCUUGGUGAAGUCCAUGCAAUCAGGGCCUGGGGUUUCCAUGGUCUGGGAGGGCCUAAAGGUGAUGAAGACAGGCCGAGUGAUGCUCAGCGGGGCCAAACCUAUGGACUUCAGGCCUGGGACCAUCCAUGGGGACUUUUGCAUCCAAGUUGGCAGGAACAUUAUCCAUGGCAACGACUCUGUGGAGAGUGCAGAGAAGGAGAUGGGCUUGUAGUUCCACCUGAAGAGCUGGUGGAUUACAAGAGCUGUGCUCAGAGCUGGAUCUAUGAGUGAGGAGAGAGCAGACCUCAGUGCUUUGUUCACUCCAUUCCCUCUCCCUCCCCUGAGGACAGGGGCCAGGCUCUUGUAAAUCCACUCAUUUCUGAGAAAUUCCUUAUAACUUGAAGGGGAACUCUUGGAGCUGGGAGUGCUCCCAAUACAGUAUUAUGUGUUAUCACCAGAUUAAAAUGUUUC